AUGGGCUCUAUCCCCGCAUCCUCCUCUCUGCUCCUGGAGCUUGCGGAAGCCACGCUGGCUUCCGCUAAGCGAUUGAAUGAAGGACUAGCUGCAGAGGGCCUGCAGCAGCCGUCGUUCGCUGCAGAUGGACCAGUCUACGUUGUUCCCAAGACUGCAUCUAAAGAGACUCAGGACGCCAAGACUGCCGUCGCAGAGGUGGCUUUCCAACUGUUCCAACUCGUCACUGGUCCCAGUGAGCUGUUGCCCAAUAUCACGGCUAGCUGGCUCUAUCAAUUCAACGUGCUGUCUCACGUCCCAUUGGAGGGCACCGUGACAUACGACACACUUGCAUCCAAGGCUCAGGUCCCGGAGUCUCUGCUCAAAGGAGUGGCGCGUAUGGUGAUGACCAGCAAAAUUCUGGCUGAGCCGAAGCCAGGCCAUGUCACUCACACGGCCAGCUCUGCCAUGUUUCACAAGGUCCCGAACAUGCGAGACUGGGCGGGAUAUAUGUUCAGUGCUUCUAUUCCAACUGCUGCCGCCAUGAUCGGUGGAUCGACUGGCCACGCCAGUUACGCUGUGGCUGCUGCCUAUGAUCACCUGAGCUUCGAAGUCCAAGAUCUGGGCGCUGUGGUGAAUGGCAAGGAAACGACCAAGGUAGCAGACGCCUCUGGAUCUAUCGGUCGUGUCUCCUUCAAGGCCCAUAGCUUCUUUGAGACUCAGCCGACCACUGGCGCAGCUGUAUACAUGCUGCGCAUGAUCAUACACGACUGGCCAGAUUCCGAGGCUACAAGCAUUCUCAGCAACCUCGUACCAGCGCUGAAAGCUGGGAAAUCAACCCUCCUCAUUAUGGACACUGUGCUACCAUCGCCUGGAGUCCUACCAUCUGUGAGGGAGCGAGUCAUCAGGACGCGUGAUCUGACGAUGCGUCAGGUCUUCAACGCUCGUGAGCGAGAUCUAGACGACUGGAAAGCUUUGCUGAGAGCCACAGACCCAAGGCUGGAACUAAAGAGCGUGAAACAACCAGAGGGUAGCAAUAUGAGCUUGCUAGCGAUCGGACUGAACCCAAGUUCUUGA